GGUAUGUCAGCACUUAUUUGGCGCCUGUUGUGAUGGAGCGGGUGGGAGAGGCACUGCAAUGGUCAGCGUGCCCGGGAGAGAAGGAGGAGCUUAGCUCCUACCUAAGGGGCCCAUUCACCACGUGCUGCCAGCUUAGAAGGAUAAUCCCGUUAGUACUGCGCAUGUGCAGAGCAGACCCAUCGGAGACAUUUUUCCAUAGAACACACACCGGGUCACUUCUGUAUUGUGAAGACAGAGGGCUUCCAGACAUGAGCAUCCUUCUGAUAGAGGCCUUCUAUGGAGGCUCCCACAAGCAGCUGAUGGAUCUCCUGAAGGAUGAAAUUGACGGCUGUGUCCUGUACAGUCUUCCAGCUAAGAAAUGGCAUUGGAGAGCCCGCACCUCCGCUCUGCACUUCAUGCAAGCUGUUCCUCCCAGCGACACCUACAGGGUCCUCUUCACAAGCUCUGUGCUUAAUCUGGCUGAACUGGUAGCCCUCCGGCCUGAUCUUGGGAAACUGAAGAAGGUUCUGUAUUUUCACGAAAACCAGUUGGUCUACCCUGUGAGAAAGAACCAAGAGAGAGACUUCCAAUACGGCUAUAACCAAAUCCUUUCAUGUCUAGUCGCUGACACUGUGGUAUUUAACUCUGCCUUCAACAUGGAGUCUUUCCUGACUUCUAUCUGCACUUUCCUGAAGAUGAUACCAGACCAUCGACCACGAGACCUGGACCGAAUUAUUAGGCCCAAAUGUUGUGUCAUUCACUUUCCAAUCCGGUUUCCUGACGUCAGCCGGUUCUUGCCUGACCACAAGAGGCUUUUACAGCAGAGCAGCUGCCAACCCCUAAAGAGCUCAGAGGUCUCCCCUAAAUCAUCAGAUGACCUGCAAAAGUUCAUCACAGAGCCUUUACCUCUUCCCAAACAGAGGCAAUCAGGACAAGAUCAGAUCCCACAAUCCACAGAAAAUAUUUCCACCUCGUUGAGAGAGGAUACUUCGGAAAAUGUAAAUCUUGUGAUGUCAGAACCAUCCUUCUCAAGUUUACAUGCCGAUUCCCAGAGGCCUUUGCAUAUUGUCUGGCCUCACAGAUGGGAGCAUGAUAAAGACCCGGAGACCUUCUUUAAAGUCCUGAGGAAACUUAAAGAGAUGAAGCUGCCCUUCUCUGUGUCGGUGCUCGGGGAAAUGUUUACUGAUGUUCCAGAGAUCUUUUCUGAAGCAAGAACGUUCUUGGGGUCAGCAGUUUUGCAUUGGGGUUUUCUACCCAGCAAGGACAACUACUUUCAAGUACUCUGUGAGGCUGAUGUCGUCAUUUCAACAGCUAAGCAUGAAUUCUUUGGUGUGGCGAUGUUAGAAGCUGUCCACUGUGGCUGUUACCCGCUGUGCCCGAAGUCUUUAGUAUACCCCGAGAUUUUUCCAGAAUAUCUGUAUUCGACACCUGAACAGCUCUCAAAAAAGCUACAGAAUUUCUGCAAAAGGCCCCAUCUUGUACGGAGACAUCGGUUUCAGGGCGAGACGGUGGCGUAUUCCUGGGCAGCGCUGAACGGUGAAUUCAGGUCUCUCCUCUCAGCACAACGCGGCGAAGAUUUGUGACAGAUGGGGCUAAGUCACAAACUCGCAGCCUCGGGCGGAAUUUGUUGAACUUUUUCCGAGCGUUCCAGUAUUUACCUGAUCAGAGAAAAAAAAAAGGGGAAAAAAAAAUCUGCGUAGGAAGCAAAGACUGGCUGCUUGUCAUAGCUGACACAGGGCCAUCUGCCACAAACCUGUGGCAGAUCGAUCCCAUCAUCUCUGCCACCACCCUGGCUCAAAUGAGAUACAUGUUCCCAGGGAUGCUGGGAUAGCCGCACAUGUCCUCAGCCUCACAUGCAGGAGAGUGAAGGAGGAAGAAUAAUAAAAAAAAAAAAAAAGGGUCCUGUUGUAUUACCGCAGUCAUGUAUCCCAUAUGUGGUGCCACAUUGAAUUUCCGGAUAAAUCUCUUUUUAUCCUUUGUACUGGAUGACACAGUGCCUGCGCUCCUCUCUUUUUUUCUUCGCCGCCACGAUGGCAGCCAAGCUACAGCUUCAAACAUUCACACUUGGCUGAGUUUCUACCUAUGUUGCCAGGUUAUCAUCGGAACCGUAUUGUGUCCUCAAAGGGCCACAGGGCCUGAGAGGAGGAUCAGAGUGCGACCGGGCUAAUUGGGCAGCCAUCCAUGAAUUGUUUUUUUUACAGGCGACGAGGCCGCUGUAGAAGAGUUUUUUUUUUUUUUAUUAUUAUUUUUUUUUUUUGCAAAUUAAUGACUCUCUGGCACAGAGGUUUUUAAGUGAAGGUAUUAAUAAGAGGUCUGGCAGGUAUUCCCAUGAUUCACGGAGUUACAUUUGCAUUUAAUUAAUCUUAAAGAAAGCCUGCAAGAUAAACAGCUGUAAUUCAUAGUAACUUGGGAAAUGUCUUGUGUAGUGCCAUCUAUUCGAUAAACCAGAAGCUCCACACUUUCACAAGGAACAGAUAACGCAGAGACAGAUGACUUUACAUCAUAAAUCUUUAUUUUUUUUUCUUUCUAAUGCUUCCCAGAUAAGCAGAAUCUUCAGAUUAUUUAUCAACACUGGCUUGUUUUCUUGAUGUUUUUUUUUUUAUUUUUUUUAAAUUGUGCGAGUUUUCAAUAAAGGAAUUUAUGUAAAUGUU